AUGGCCUGCAACAAAAGACUAGAUUUUGCUCAACUCUUCUUCGAUCAAUUGGUAGAAUGCAUCACUGGGAACAAAACUCCAUCAUAUGUUUUGUAUCCUCAUCGGCUUGUAUUAAUCCUAGCUUGUACUGAAAAAUGUUACAAUCUCAACCAUAGAAUCUCCAUAAAUCUUCCAGCGCUCUCUUCAAAGAUUAUCAAUGCCAGUCCUAUUAAGGGAUUUGAGUAUCUUACUCAACCUAUGGAGGAUUGGCUUGCAAACCCUUUUGCUGUUGAAUCCUCUGACUCUGAUAAAGAGAACGAUGAGUGA